AGCAGCAGUUUGGGUCUCGUGUCCUCUCAUUCUUCAGACCACAGUUCCUGUGUCCACACUCUCUUCAAGCUGCAGUGAACUAAGGCUUUCGGAUGGCAGGCGGUCUAGACGACAGUUUAGAUGAGAACUUACUCUCUAGUGAUGACCCAGGAAGGAACUUGGAGGACGACUCUGGCCCAGGAAAGAACCUGGAGAAUAUGGAUGAAGGAAAGAGGGCUGAGAAUGGCGACAAAUCUGAAGACUCACAUGAUAGUGAUGAUGCCUCAGUUAAAGGGAAUGGUGAUGAUUCCACAGCUGGGAAAAAUGAGAGUAGUGAACAGAGUUUUGUAGAGGAAGAAAGUGAGUCAGACAAAUCUCCGUUGAUUGAUUUCUGUUUACAAGUAUGCAAAGAAGAAAAAAGAGCACUACUCCAGGAAAAACUAAAUGAACUCGGAGCUGAAACAUUGUCCGACCUGAAACAUGUGGACAUGAAAGAAGAAUUCAAAGGAAUCUUGAAACCUGUUCAAAUCAGCAAGCUCAUUGAAAAAUACAAAGAAAUUGGCGCUUCUGCUCCCAAGACAAUUGAACAAGGUCUUGAGCUAUUUGAUUUUGAGAAGAUUUUGACCAAGCACCAAAGGGACCUGUUGAAAGGUGAUCAAAGACUUCUUCAUCAUGAAGUUAUUGAUAUCACUAAAGAAAUUGGUGAUCACAUGUAUCUUAACCUUGGCAAACCUCGUCUCUCUCUGUGCAAGAGGCUGGGCCAGUUGCUUUUGACGAAGUAUCGGAAAGCCUUGGAAGGAUCUAAAUUGUCCAAAGGUUUAACUGCUAUUAGCCUCAGUAAUCAAAUUAGAAACAGAGUACGCUACUGUCAGAGAAAAGAGAGAAAGCGGAAAGCCACUAAAAAUAGGGCCUCUGCACCUUUGCAGCUCAAUGAGUUUUCGAAGCGGCAAUGCCAUGGAAUUCAGGAGGAUAGAGACUUGCCUGUCAAUUUUCCUUCAGGGGAAACUGCUGAAGACCAGGAAGUUAAACGGCUUCAGCUGUCAAGCAUGAGUAAGACAGGUGAAGUAAAUUGGAAAACUGUAAAGCAGCUUAUGGCAGAGACCUAUGUGGCUCAAAGACUCACCAUAAAUACUUUAAAUAGAAUGGAUCUCAUUCUCAAAGAAUGGCCAUACAUAGGAAAGUUCAAUAUUUUAAAAGCCCACUUCUAUCACCUGAUGGAUCUGGAUGUCAGUCUGGAGGCAUCGUGGAAUGACUUAUUUCCUAAAAUAGUGAAGUUCUUGACAGCUGAAGCUAACAGAAAGUUCUCUCCAAUGAAUAUGCAAGGACCUACUGCAGAAAGCUGCAAAACUAUAAGAGGUGUUCUGAAGAAAUUUGAGAAGUGUGAAGAAAAGACUUGCGAAUUAGAAUUUGUGGUAGUAAUUCUUGGGUUGAUUGCCAAGUGGAACAUGAGUACAUCCAAUCUUCUAGUCCAUUUUCCUGACACUGCCAGCUAUGAUGAAGUUCAAGCAUCAAGGUCUCUUCCAAAAGAUGGAAAACCAAUUGUGGCUGUUUUAGGUGAUGAUCUUUUUCAAAGUCCGGAGUGCUUUGUGCUGGUCGACAAUAGGAUCAUAUCUCCAAUUACUGUUGGACCAAUAAAGGCCAUUACGGCUGCUUUUAUGUCCUAUUAUGUCUUUAAAAUUACGUAUCCAAGAAAUCUUCAACCUUUAUUGAACUUCUUUGAAAGGGACCUUUUUCACAUUGAGACUUCGGAAAGCAGUUCCAGGACUGAACGAAAGAAGAAACCAGAUGGUUCCUGGGAGGGUACCCCGAAGCCUUUGUCCUCUAAGUAUAUCAGAUUAAUGAAACAGAUUGAUGAGUUUUUAGACAUGUGGUGAAUCUGUCUUCAUCUAUGUGAAUUGAUAUUUUUUAUUUAGUUUUGGUAUGUUUAACUUACUUUAGAGUCAGGCUCAUGUUUCGAUUUUCUGAUGAAUAUUUAGGGUAAUACUGUUGUGCUCACAAAGUUUCAUGAAUUAUCAUACGCAUUGUAUUUUAUGAUUUCCUUCCUCAACGAUGUUGAACUGCAUUGUGGUAUUUGCUAGUUAUUGACCAACGUUAAAUGAGUGUAAAUUCGUUCAUUUUGUUAUACACGAACAUUUUAUUGUCAUAAGUUCUUUUUAAAAGCCUAAAUUUUGAAUGGCCCUAAUACAUCGCAACUUUGAUGUGUUAUUUUUGAUAGUAUGCUAAGAUUUAUUUUGCUAGAGUACAACAUUUGCUCAUGAUUUUAGAUACAUUUUGAAAUGCAGCUGCAAAGAAUUUUUUCAUUUGUGUUACUUUUUAUUUCGUACUCCAUUUAUAUCUUGUUGUGACAUGAUAUUUUUGCCAGUGUGGAUUGAUGC